GCUGAGCUCUGACUGCCCUCCCGAUUACGGUUCCGUCGUGCCAGCUGUCUUGUCGUGCUGCUACCCCUUCACUUUUUGGGCUCUCGUUUCGUGCGAUUUGGUCUCGGCGGCGGGGUUAACUGAGCUUCAUAUACAUACACACUCUUUUUGGAGACGCUGACGCGGCCACAGAAGAGAACGAGGACGAAAGGCGAGAAGAAGGGAGCAGUAUAAGAAAUGAUCCUCUCCGAGCCCUUUGGCGUCGAGGACCCCAAUCUGCCCUCGCCGCCCUACCCACCCUCACCUACCCUUUCUUCCUCGACUUCGUCCUCGAGCUCCAAGGGCAAGAAGAAGUCUGACAAGAUGACUUUGUCGGACUGCGACAAGAAGGAAAGCAACAGCAGCAGCGACGACAAGCCGACCGUGCCGUCUGCUCCGACCAAUGCUCCAUGCUGCCAGUGCCAGUGCCAUCACCAUGGACACCGCUUUGGGCCACGCUCCUUUGGCCGCCAUUCAUGGCACGGUCACCGUCACUAUCGUCGCAUGAGCGAUGGCGACCACGAUGACGCGGAGGAAGCCUUCCAGCUCCGUCGCUGCCGUAGGCGCCGUCGCUCUCGCCCGCACCGCAUCAUCUUCAGCAUCCUGCUCCUCGCUUUCUUCCUCGUCACAAUGAAGCCGCUCCAACGCUUCGUCCUUGGCACCGUACACGACAUCGGCGACCACACGCCGCAGGCCAUCGUCGAAGUGUUCAACGCCAUCAUCGGCGCCGUCGUCGGCCUCUUUGGCUCCAACCCCAUCCUGGCCGCCUGGUUCUUUGUCUCGCUCCUGCUGCUCGUCAUAUGGGCCAUCGCUCGGUGCUCCCACAAAGCCAGGAGGAGGAGGAAGUGGAGGAAGGCGGCGAGUUGCGGCAUGAUGAGACGCUGGUGCCGGUCCAGGGCCGGCCUCGACGUUGGCACAGCCUCCGAGACCGAGAACAGCAAGACCGAGACGGACAAGGAGAUCGAAACCGAGAGCGAGUGCGGCGAAAAGGCAGCGAGGGGCUUUAGCAACCACCGUGGCCUUCGCCGAGGCCAGUGGCUCAGCAAGGCCGUCGAGUCGGUCCGCUGGCAGUACGCCAACUUCCCUGCCGGCGUGAACCGCUACCGCAUCGUGCUCACCGACGACGUCGAGCAGCAGCGCAGUGACUCCGUGCCUGCUACUACGCCAGCGCCACAUUCGUCGACCGAGGAGCGUGUCGUGGUGGACUACCAGGUCGACGAUGGCGACGUCGACGAUGACACCACUCUCUACACAUCGUCAGGCACCAGCGACGCCUCCCACUCGUCUGCCUCGUGGUCUCAACUGGACUCGACGUCCACCGAAAGUGCCCGCCCUCUUCUCUGAUUGCAGUUCUCUUCUCUGAGCGCAAGCCCUCUACUCUGAGUGCCAAUUAAAGAU